AUGUUUGCUCCAGCCAAGUCUCUGACGUUGUACAAGGACUUCAACAAGGAUGCCAAGGACAUGCUCACGAAGAGCUACAGUGAUGCCCAGAAGUGGAAGGUGGAGUGCAAGUACAAGGGACCCAAGGACACGUUUUUUGUGAACCCUACAGCCACAUCUGACGGCAAAUUCAGUGCAGAUCUUGAGUACGUUCCCAGCCAGUGCGGAGCUGCGGUGAAGGUCACCUUUCUCCCCUCCACCUGCAAUGCGAAGAUAACUGCAUCUUAUCAGGACCGAGGCCACAAGGUGGAGGGUAUUGUGAGCAAGCAGGGCGAAUAUGAGGUCUCCCAUGAGUGCCGCCUUCAGGGCCGCUUCUCCUCACACACC